GAUAACAUUUGGACUGGGGAGUAGCUUUUUUCCAAAUCCCAAGCCCCAGCCUCAGCCUCAGCCCCUGCCCCAACUUUGCUUUUUCUGGGCCACCGUCUGAACAGACAUGCAAGACACGGCCUUUGUCCCCCCAGCCUCAGAUUCCACCAUCUAGCCUCUCUCUCAUCAUCUUCUUCUUCUUCUUUUUCUUCUCUCUUUUUGCAGAACACAACGCCUCCUUCAGUCGCCAUUGCCCUGACAUAAAGCGCUACAAACCAAACCAACCCAACAACAGCAAACCCCCCCCAAAUCUUAUUUGUCUUCAUAUUCCCGUCUCUCUCUUUUUGUUUCCCACGCCCAUCUUCCCAGUUCUUGUCCCUUCUCCUUGUUCGUUCCCAGAUGAAGGCAAUCACAGCCAAAACCCCCCACGACUCUUCCUUCUCCUUCUCCAGACGAUACUUCCACUGGAAAAGAAAAAUCGAAGAUGGCCAAGGCCGAGAAGAAGAGGAAAAAGAAGAGGAAGAAGAAGAAGAAGAAACUUCAGACUUAAAAAUGGCUGCCGCUUCGCUCAAGGCCGAUGUUAGGUCUGAAUGCGGUCCGAUCGUAACGAGUGGUAUCAGAACCAGGAAACAGCAGCUCGGAAAGUUCAGAUCUGCGGCUCUGGCUCUGUUUCGGAGGAGGCCGAAACCUGGGCUCGGCAGCCGAGUAGUGGGGACCCUGUUUGGCUACAGGCGCGGCCACGUCCAUUUCGCGUUCCAGGAAGAACCCAGCUCCAACCCGGCCUUUCUCGUCGAGCUUUCCUCGCCGACGAGCUCGCUGGUGCGGGAGAUGGCGUCGGGGCUGGUCCGAAUCGCCCUCGAAUGCGACAAGAAAACGGAGAGUUCGAAUUCCAAGAAGGGGGUGAAGCUGCUGGAGGAGGCCGUUUGGAGGGCGUACUGUAACGGUAAGAAAUGCGGGUUUGCGGCGAGGAGAGAGUGCGGCCCCGCGGAGUGGAAGGUGUUGAGGGCAGUGGGGCCGGUUUCGAUGGGCGCCGGCGUGGUUCCCCCGUCUGCGGACGGCGGCGGAGGAGGAGGAGGAGAAGGGGAGGUGAUGUACAUGAGGGCAAAGUUUGAGAGAGUGGUGGGGAACAGAGACUCGGAAGCUUUCUACAUGAUGAACCCAGACGGCCAUGGCGGCCCUGAACUUAGCAUUUACUUGCUCAGGGUUUAGAAAUAAGGGAAUUGGAACCACCCCAUCUUUCCUCGCCUUCAAUCAAAUGUCGAUGAUGCUUAGCUUUAGUUCUCGACCAAUCCGAUAAUGGCGGAUUGGUUCUCUCUUUUCAUCUUUUGGGUUUAAUUUCUGUUUUUGGAGAUGGGAUUGGGGAAAUGUAGUGGGUUGUUUUAGCUCUUGUGCUGUACUUUGAAGGGAAAUGCAUAGUUCUUGUAUAUUUCAAAUCUUAAUUUAUGCCCA